GUCACCUCCUCAUUCCUGUCAUCCUCUCUCUCUCUCUCUCUCUCUCUCUCUACGUUCCAGUUCUAGGGUUCUUCCACUUCUCACCGGAGAAACAAACCACCUCUCUAUAACCCCACACAACCAUGACCACCGUACCAGCAGCAAAACACCACCAACCCCUCCACAAUUUCACACUCCCCUUCCUAAAAUGGGGCCAGCGAAUCCACCACCACCGCCGCCGCUCCCCUCUCUCCUCCUCCGACCUCCACAACCGCCGUACCACCACCAUCACCACCACCGAACGCGAAAUCGACGAACAAAACGGUGACGUAUCACCACACGAAAACAACAACAACAGCAAUUUAAUCGACGUUGAUGUGGCUACCGGAGACUGCAAGCCGUGGAAUCUUCGCCCGCGGAGGCUGGUCAUAGACACAGUUGAUUCCGAACAUUUUCCGGUGAUGACGUGUUCAAAGCGGCUGCCACGAGACGACAAAGACGAGGAACGAAAGAAGAAGAACAGCAGGUUAUGGAUCUCGUUGUCGAAGGAUGAAAUAGAGGAAGAUAUAUACGCGUUUACCGGUUCGAGACCGUGUAGGAGACCGAAGAAAAGGAGCAAAGUGGAACAGAAGCAGCUUGAUAAUGUGUUUCCUGGAUUGUAUUUGGUUGGGAUUUCGGCCGAUUCGUAUCGAGUUUAAACCGUUUAGAAGCGGAGAUUACGAAGCGAUGUAAGCAAGCGAUUUGAGGUAUGAUUGUUUCGAAGUUUAGAAGUUGAUUUAAGUAUAAAUAGUAUGAUGAUGUAUGAAUGUGUAGAAGGUUUGUUUAGACUAGUAGUAGUAUAUUAAAGCUAUGGAAGGUGUGGAGUUUAUACACGAUAGGUUAGAGUUAUGCGUCUAUCGUUUUGUGAACAUGGCUAACCCGUAGAGGUGUUUGUGUUGGAUACGAAACUUGUUUUUGGCUCCUGUCACAAUGGUAGAAGUUUGAUUAAAACAUCUAAGUAACGUUCACUCACGGAUGUAGCAAA